UUGUUCAUCAGAGAUAACUUGUCAAGACGAGGACUCUAAUCAGUACUUUGAGGGAACCACGUGGUCUGUUGGUAAAUGUAUGGAGUGCAAAUGUGUUCAAGGCAAAAUUCAGUGCUCAAGAAAGCUUGUACUGGCUUCAUUCCUGCUUUUCACUCAAACGAUUCAAAAAGCUAGUGAGAUCACGUUUACCGAAGAUUGCAAUCAAAUGGAGUGUAAUGUAGCAACCUACAUGAAGAGGAAUCAUGGGGUAUGCCAUGCUUGUAGCUGGAACAGUCAACUUUAUUACGAUGGAGAUCACUGGAAGGAAAAUGGCGUCGAUUUUUACUGCACCAGUUCUAAUGAAAAAGCAAGGCCUGGUUGCUAUGUUGAUAACGGUCGAGUACUGUGUACUGGUGCGAUACCAGGAAUAAGAGAGUUGUCUUUAAUAUCAAACGAUGGCCUUUUCCUAUGCGAAAGUGGUGAUGAGAUUAGAUCGAUUGGCGACAGAUGUAAUAUUCGUCCCAAUUGUGGCGAUCGAUCAGACGAGAGGAACUGCGAUCAAUACUUCUGUACUCCAGAAAAGUCACUCGGUUUUCUUUGGACAAGAACGCCAGUGGACGGAGAAAUUAUGAAGCACUGUUCUUUAAUUAACUCCAACUGGACAGGAGCAUUUGGUAGUAAGUGUACUAGCAAAGUUGGAGGCACAGUCUGGAUCCACAAGAAUACUUGCGACUGUGAAAAGAAAACGUUAGUGGAGUACUUUGAGAAAAAAGUAAGUUUGAGCCAUUCGUUUUCUUCCGAUCCCACAUACCGAGUUAAAAGCUAAGUUAAUAGAUGUUACUCCAGAUGCAGAAUAAUUGGUGUCUUUUUACAUUCUGUUAUCAUUUUGAAUAAUUUUUCCGUCAACUUGCAAUUGCGUUUUUUUCUAAAGUUUUGAGCUAAUAGAGAAG